CGAAUUCAGUGCAGUUGAUAAAAUAGCGGCGAAUAGAACAAAAGUGCGGUUGUUGCAACGAAAUCAACAUUAAAUUAAAAUUAAUCAACACUAAGCGCUUACUGAAUUUACAACAAAUACAACAUGGCUAAUAAAGGAGAGACUACACGAAAAACCUCAAGACAUAUUCUGAAAUUGAAUGCAAAGGAAAAACGUGAAUUCUUGAAUUCGUUUGAUCGCAUAUUCUCCGAUGUAGAUGGCGUAGUUUGGGCGCGUGAUGAGUACAUUCCACGUGCUGCGGAAGGGUUCAAAGCACUCGCGGAUGCCGGUAAAAAAUUCAGCUUCGUAACCAACAAUGGCGUGCGAACCAUGCGUGAUUAUGCACAACGUUUCAAAGAGCUUGGCAUCGAAUUUAAUGCAAGCGAAUUCGUGUACCCCGCCAAGAGUGUUGUGCAAUAUCUCGAUAGUAUUCACUUCAAGGGGCUCAUCUAUGUUAUGGCAACCGACAAUUUUAAGAACAGUCUACGCGAGGCGGGCUAUGAAUUCAUUUUUGGUCCUUUGAAAAUCAUUAAGGAAACUUACAGCGAGUUAGCCAAUCAUAUCUUCAGCGACGAGCCUGUGCGUGCCGUUAUACUUGAUGUUGACUUCAAUAUGUCCUCGUUGAAUCUCAUACGCGCACACCUCUUCCUGCGUCACCCGGAUUGCAUACUGAUUUUGGGCGCCAGCGACAAAUUCUUACCAUUCGCCAAGGGCGUGGAUAUCAUCGGACCAUGUUCGUUUGCGCAAAUCAUCGCCGAUUCCAGUAAGAAGCGUCUGAUUACGUUGGGCAAGCCAGGCAAGGAAUUGGCGGAGAUGCUGUUGAAGAAUUUUGGUAUAAAGGAGAGGAAGCGCGUGCUUAUGAUUGGCGAUAUGUUGGAGCAGGAUGUUGGCUUUGGCUCGCAAUGCGGCUUCCAGACGCUGCUCGUGCUGAGCGGUGGUUGUAAUUUGGAGAAAAUGCUAGCGGAAACCGAUCCAGUUCAUAUACCAGACUACUAUGCUGACAGUAUGGGCGAUUUCAUUGAAUUUUUGAAGGAUUUGAAGAAGGCGGAAGUGUGAGUAGUGGUUUGUUAUAUACGUUAGGGUGGUAAUUAAAAUUUAUAUUAAGAUACGUUCAGACUUUACCACUUAAUUCUUGAUUUUUUAGCCCAAAAAUGUAAUUACAGCGUAUUUUAAUAUAAAAAUAAUUAUUUUAACUAUGAGAACCGCCCUAAUGAAUACUAAUGAAUUAUCAGUUAAGCUCUAGAAUUGUUAUGAAACUCAAACAUACUUUUUAAAUUUAUUGCGUUUUCAUUUUAUAAAACAAGUUGGUUUCAAGAA